CGUAUUAAUUUGCACUGCAGUGCAAUUAACGACAAUUCGACCUGCUUUAAGCCAAUCACAAGGCAGUAGGAAGUAAUUUUCUCAGUCACAUAAUAAAUACGUUUCUGGUUGAUGCAAUUUUUUUAUGUUAUCAAGCGAAUGAUUAAGAAAAAGAAAAUGGUGUAAUUUUUCACAUAGACGCAGGCAAACCGUCUUCGUGGAAAAGUGCUGAUUUUAUACCAGUGGUCAAUAAAAUCGAGAAACAACAAUACUAAUUUUAUUGAUUCGAUUUUAGGUUGAAAUAUUGACCUCUUGUUAGUAGCCUCAAAUAGUAACAGCCUCUCCUUCAAACACUUAAAGCUUGACAACAGAUGAAUAACCUCAUGCUCGCGCCAUCACACUGUGAAGAUGUUCAUUUGAAGACAUAUGGCGCAUAUAAACCCAACGGUGUUUCAUCAAUUCUUACUCUUUAGUGAGGCGCCCACGUUGAACCUCUCACAUCAGCUGCUACCACACCAAUUCCGCCUUAACUCAUUGUGGAAACUUCUAAACAAAACUGCCCAUGAGGCAGGUUCCAGAAACAGAUGAUCAUUCAAAGGUUUAAAAUAUAGCGCAUGUUUUAAUAAAUCAGUUUUUUAAUGCAAAACAGGCAAUUUCUAGUUAUUACUUUUGAAAUAGCCUACUUUAAUUACUUAUGAAGUCACGAGCCCAUAUUGAGUUUGUGCGUACAUUAUUAAUGCAUGGAAUAGAUUAUAUUCGCGCAAUUUGUUUGAUCAAUGCAAAGGAAACAGAGACAUCCUAGGCCUUAAAGAGUUACGACACGGACGGAGGAAGGUGCAUCUUGCCAAGAUUGGCCUAAAUUGUUCUCAAUGUGCUUCUCGCGCUUCUCCAAACGAUUCAUUUGCGCAAUUACUUCAAUUUAGACUUUCCUUUGAAUACCCAAUAUUAUUACCAGUUGAAAUGUCAAAGUCAUUUUGAAGACACUCCAAAAGUCUCCCCAUUGUUUUCGACUGAAUUCAAAAUUGCAGGUGGAAAUUCUGACAUCUAAUCAGUGUCACUAUAUAAGCUAUUGCUUUAGCAUGCUUGUUAUGAAAGCUUGCGGUUUUAUAUUUCAAAACAUCUUUAGCAGAAAACGAUAACUGUUCAAAAUAGUGGUUAACCUCCUAAAGUGAACACAAUCCAAUGUACAAACUCGACUAAUUUUAUGUCACUGACUCUAGCUAGAAACGCGUGGGAAAGUGGCAGCAAUCAUCGAAACAAGUGUUGUCGACUUAAAGGCGCGCAGAACAGCAAAAUAGUUUGGUAAAAUCAUUCAUGAAGCUAAACCAGUCAAACAGUACAUUUCUACCUUGGAAUAGAUCGGUACCUAAUCGAAAUUUUGACAAUGAAGAAACGGCAAAUGCUGCUACAACCAUCGUCAUUAUGAACUGUCUCUUGAAUCUUCCACUGAUGCCAAUAGCGAUUUUUGGAAACACAAUGGUGUUAACCGCGGUUGUGAAAACGCCUUUGCUUCGUUCGCCAUCCCUUAUUCUGCUGUGUGGCCUUGCUGUUUCAGACCUAGUGGUGGGUUUGGUUGUCCAACCGAUGUACAUCGCCAGAGAGCUCAAAGCAAAUGUUUUCCUGAUCAAACUAUCGAGAACGGUGGGAUUUGCAUUCUGUGGGAUCUCUUUGGCAACAAUGGCGGUGAUAAGCGUGGAUCGAUUUUUGGCACUGCAGUAUCACAUGACUUAUAACACGUUAGUUACUACAACGCGUGUUCAAUUAUUUUUGAUGAUAAUUUGGUUUAUUCAUCUUCUACCGCUAUCGACUGUUGUAGGCUUUUGGGAUGUGCCAGCACUUUUUACUGCAGGUCGUAUUUUAAUUUGCGUUUAUACCAUAGCUUCCACUAUAUCUUACAUUGGUAUCUAUCGAAUUGUUCGUCGCCAUCAAUUGCAGAUUCUCGCUCAAAAGCAGGCAGCCGCACUCUCAAAUGCUGAAACUGCCAAUAACAUGGCGUUUGUGUCAUUAAGCAAAACCGCUGUGAACACUUUCGUGUUCUACAUCUGCACAAUUUUUUGCUAUCUUCCAUGGUUUAUUUACCGAAUAGUUUAUAGCGAUGUAUUUUUCACAAAUCCUAACACAGCGUGGGUUUUUACAGCAACUUUGUUAUUUUCGAAUUCAUCCAUUAAUCCCUUCUUGUACUGCUGGCGACUUCGUGAACUUCGAGCAGCAGUUAAGAAAACAUUAAAGAAAAUGUCAUGUAGGCAAAGCAGCUGAGAUAACUAAAGGCUGAACUAUUAGCAAAGAGAAUUGUUUAUUUUUCACACGGUCGAUGACUCAUUGAAAACAAUAACGCCUGUGUUUCUCUCUUAAUGUUUUUAGCCUUUUCUGUCUUGUAAAUAGUUUUGAAUUAGACCUGUAAGAACAGAGGAAAUUUCACCCGCAAUAAAAAGUUACGAGCGUGUGUUUCAGUCUGAAACUGUGCGAUAAAAGCUGAUAAACAGUGCAUCUGUUACCGGCAUUUGUUCGACGUUUCUGUGACAUUCAUUUGAAAAUCAUGAAAGAUGUCGAAUAAAGCGACCUUAAUUGAGGUCGAAAAAAUAACCGUUCUCUGCUCAAUGAAAACGGCCAUUUGUUUUGACAGCCUGAACGUAACAGCAACCGAAAAAUCCGGACUGGAGAGUUCUCGAUUUUAAAUAUCAAAAGGGCGAUAAUUUACCGGUCAGGAGUCUUAUUGAAACGUGAACACAUUUACUCGCAUAUCUAUCAUAGUUAUUCAUGUAAAGCGCGUUGGCUUAUGACUUCCAUCUCGAUGUUUUCACCUUCCUUCAAUGAAUUACAGUGGUAACAUCCGCUUACAAACGAACAAGAUUUAAAUAAAUUUCAAUCUUACUGGGGUUUUUUUGCCGACCACUUACGUCCAAUGUUUUCAAAAUGACUGCUGUUGGACCAAAAAUCCUUUCAAGAACUCGUAUUCAAGGCAUUUAACAAUCGUAAACGAAGUGGUAACGUUACGUUGAUCGCCAGCUGGUCAGAUCGAUUAACCGAAAUUUAUUUUUCCUCAAACUAAAGCUACUCAUUUUUAGACGAUGAUGAAAACUGUGAAUGAAGGCAGCAACGAUAAAACAAAAGUACCGGAUGAA